AAGACGUCAGCUGUGUGGUGCCAGGUUUUAGAUUGAGACUCAAAAUGGAGCUGGAUGUAGUACAGGCAGAUGAAUUAGUGGAGAAGCUUCCAAGUGUAAUUGUGGAAAACAUCUUACGUGAACUAAGCAAGAAUGAUGCGUGGCAGAAGGUGGCUAAUAAAUUUAAGGACAAAGGUGAAAAUAUAAUGAGUGACAGAUAUAAGAUGAAUAACUCCUCCCCUGAAAGAGAACUCCUCAAUAAUCUCAUGAACAAAUAUCCUUUGAAGGUGAAAACCCUUCAGUUUAUCCUGGAACAAUGUCAGAUAUAUGAUGCUUUGAGAAUUAUAAAUACUAAUGAUCCAGCACAGAUCCUGGAACCUGUGAAAGAUACACUCUACCUUGUGCCAUUAGGUGGCAAUUUAACAUUGCAUGUGAAAGUAAAUGGGUCUCCCUUCCCUGAAAUUCAGUGGUACUUUAAAGGCAGCCCUUUGGUAGGAAAGACCUCCCCUGUACUGGUGCUGGAAAACAUCAGCAUCAGAGACAUAGGAGAGUACACCUGCAAGAUCAAACAGGGCCUCAGAUCAGAGCUGACUUCACCUAAGUGCAUUGUGAAUGUGAAGGGCACACCUCCCAGGAUUUCCACGGAACUCAGUGAUGUACAUAUAAAAGAAAAAGAAGAUUUGACUUUGUCCUUUGAGGCAAUUGGAUAUCCUGAACCCAAGUGCUUCAGAUGGUUUAAGAAUGGAAACAACAUUGUAGUAACUGAAAUUCCGCAACUAAGAAUACAAGGAGCAGAUGUCAAUAAUGCUGGUGAAUACUGCUGUGAAGCUUCCAACCCAUUUGGAAGCUGCACCACAAGGACAGCUGUUGUAAAGGUUCAAGAGGCCAUCAUGAUGUGUCCAGCAGAAAUUCAAAUAAUUGAACAGCCGACGGCAAAUAGGGUGUAUUAUGCAGAUGAUUGGAUGUACCUCACCUGUAAAGUUCGAUGUAGUAAAGAUGUGAAGUUUGUUUGUUUUCUUAAUAAUAAAGUGCUUACAGGUAAUGAUAAUGUUCUCACCACAUCAUCUUCAGUAAAUCAGCACUCUUGUUUACUAAUAUAUCGUCUGACUGAAGAACAGAUGGAGAAAGAAAACUUGAAACAGUUAUGUUUCAAAUUUGAAAUUGAUGGUCAAGUAAUGUCUGAUGAUGUUAGAGUGGAAGUGAAGACAAGAGCUAUAAAGAAACCUCUAACAGCAAGAAACAAAUGGGCAUUAUUGAUUGGAAAUUCUCACUAUCAAGAACUGGAUCCACUUCCUGGUUCAAGAAAGGAUAUCCAUAUUGUGAAAAAGAAUUUCAAGGAAUUAGGAUUUAGAGUGUGUAUGUUCAGUGACUUAAACAGGUCAGCAAUCCAGAAUGGUGUAAAGAAACUGGCAUCAUUCAUACAAGAAGGAGACUAUGUAACAUUCUUUUAUGCUGGACAUGGCAUUCAUAACAAUGGAAAAGAUUACAUUAUUCCUGUGGAUGCUAGAAUGAAGUAUGUAUCAAGACCACAGAAUGUCUGUCUUGAGGAGCAGUACAUAUCUUUUGAUGAGUGCAUAUCCCAUGUGUGGAUAACCAAUGUUCUACAGAAGCAUGAACCAGCCCUCAUAUUUUCAAUAUAUGAUAGCUGCCGUAAGAUGAAGCAGAAGUUUGAAAGAUACCAAUCAAAUUCAUCAGAAGAUAGUUUCCAGAUUGCAUCCAAAAAUUCCUUCACCUUAUUUGCCACAUCAGAGAAUUAUGAAGCCUUUGAACGUAAAUCUGUGGAUAUUUCAGUUCUAGUUGACACACUGCAAAACGUUAUGACUCACAAGAUAUCAGUUCAGAAUCUUUCAAGCAAAGUAUUGGAGAAAUUUGAUUCCCUGGGAGAAACAGAGGGUGAACAAGUGCCCAAAGUUUGUGGUGACUUGGCACUACCUCGGUCCCUAGCUGAUCCUUCUCACCCGCGAGGAAUUGAUGAAUCAGAAUGUGGUGUUCUUAAGAAGUGGGAGCAGUUUGCAAGUGGUAGAGGGAGAAUACAACACACUAUUUCACUGGGAGAUGUAAGAAUAGAGGAGAGUAUUUAUUGGAAUAUUGAGGCACCUAAAGAUGGAGUUACAUGGAUCAUCAGCAACUGUUUGCCCUUGACCAUAAAUUUAUCUCAGACUACCACCUCAAAAAUGCAGGGAAUGAAUGUCCUAGUAAAACUGCAAACUGGAAUAGAGUUAUUGCAGGUCUCUAAGAAGCUGAAUGGUAGUUUGUCUAUACAGUUCUUGGUUCAUCAUCUUCAAGAUUUGAAGGAUCACUUGCAUGUAGAGCUUUACUUCACCUAUGAAGGACAGCACUAUAAGCAAGAAAUGCUCGUUGAAACUCCAGCAAUCUCUCAACAGUUCUACAGAGGCAAUCAAAUAGACUAGAUUAUACAAGCAUAGUUACACUCAAAAUUCAAGAAGGGAGAGUGUAAGGAGUAUAUGAUGUAAGGUAGAACACUGACUACCAAGACAAAGGAAGGGACUGUAUGAUUGCAUAAUUGUGCCAACAUUGAUGAAUGCCAUUGAGAUAUAAAUAUGAAAUGAAAGUCAAAAGCUGUACAGAUUAAUUAUAUUAGGUGUUUGUGAUAUGAAUAGGAUAGAUAUUGAGAGUAAUGAAUGUAUAUAUAAAAGUUUUAUGUCUUAUAUUAAAGGCGAAUAAAUGGA